AUGCCAGGUUUCCUCGUCCUGUAUCUCGGAUGGGUUAUCAUUGAUGAAAUCCUGAAAAAUCGGGCCUGGCUCGACCAGCAGAUCAGGGUUGGUCUCUUCGAGUCCCUCUCCGUGUAUGCUCUGUUGACUCGUGAAAUGGCCCAGAAUGGCUCAAGCACGAACCACGACUUGCCUCCGUCGACCCCGUCCGGGGCCGACAUCGACGAGAGCCUCUACUCUCGUCAGCUAUACGUCCUGGGGCACGACGCCAUGCGGCGGAUGGCCACCUCCGACGUCCUCAUCGCGGGCAUGGGGGGACUCGGCCUGGAGGUGGCCAAGAACGUCAUCCUCAGCGGGGUCAAGUCCGUCACACUCCAUGACGAGCGCAAGUGCCAGAUGUCGGAUCUGUCGUCCCAGUACUACUUGAGAGAGGAAGAUUUGGGGAAGAAUCGAGCUGAAGCCUGUGUCCAGAGGUUGGCUGAGCUCAAUAAUUAUGUCCCCACGGCAGCCUACACAGGAAAGCUCACAGAAGCCUACAUCAAGAAGUUCAAGGUGGUCGUGUUGACAGACUCGCCAUUGUCAGAACAAGAGUGGAUUUCAGAGGUGACCCAUGCACAGGGGAUCGCCCUCAUUGUGGCAGACACUCGAGGUCUCUUUGCCCAAGUCUUCUGUGACUUUGGCGAGAACUUCCAAGUUCUUGAUGUGAAUGGAGAAAAUCCACAGACUGCCAUGUUAGCAUCAAUAACUAAGGUUGGAGGCAUGACAGAGCUCAACAACUGUGAACCACGUCGCAUUAAAGUACUUGGGCCAUACACCUUUGGGAUUGGAGACACGAGUACAUUUUCUGAGUACACAAGUGGUGGGAUUGUAAACCAGGUCAAGAUGCCAAAGGAUCUCCACUUCAAGAAGUUCAAAGAUGCCAUGGCAGAACCAGAAUUUGUAAUGACAUGCCUGUCACACUUCGAGCGGCCUGCUUUGCUCCACCUUGCCUUCCAGGCUUUGCAUCACUUUGAGACCCAGUACCAGAAGCUUCCUGAAUCAUGGGACCAGGCAAAUACUCAGAAGUUCCUGACAAUUGUCCAAGACCUAAACCAGAGGUCAAGCUCCCAAAUGGAAGAAUUGGACACAGGGCUCUUGAGCCUCUUUGCUGGCAUCUGUAGAGGAAAUCUUGCACCCAUGUGUGCUGUCAUUGGUGGGAUUGUCGCCCAGGAAGUGAUGAAGGCUUGUUCUGGGAAGUUUCAUCCUGUCUUCCAGUGGCUCUAUUUCGAUGCCAUCGAAUGUCUACCCAAGAAUCCUGCCUCCACCCUAUCAGCUGACAUUUGCCGUCCAAUAAACUCCCGGUAUGACUCCCAGUUGCUGGUGUUUGGGUCAGAGUUUCAGAAGAAGUUGGGAGCAGUGAAGAUGUUCAUAGUGGGAGCAGGAGCAAUUGGGUGUGAGCUUCUAAAGAACUUUGCCAUGAUGGGAAUUGGAGCUGGGACAGGGGGUCGAGUCACAGUCACUGACAUGGACAUCAUAGAACGCUCUAACCUCAAUAGGCAGUUUCUCUUCAGACCAUGGGAUGUUCAGAAGCCCAAGUCUGACACUGCUGCUCAAGCAGUGAAGGCAAUGAAUCCUGGGAUGCAUGUGGUGUCUCACCAGAAUCGUGUUGGACCAGAGACAGAGAAGAUAUAUGAUGAUGCUUUCUUUGAAGACCUUACUUGUGUGGCCAAUGCUUUGGACAACAUUGAUGCCCGGAUAUACAUGGAUCGCCGAUGUGUUUAUUACCGGAUGCCCCUCCUGGAGUCAGGGACACUGGGGACAAAGGGGAAUGUUCAAGUCGUGGUACCUUUCUUGACUGAGUCCUAUUCCUCAUCACAAGAUCCUCCUGAGAAGUCCAUCCCCAUUUGCACACUAAAGAAUUUCCCAAAUGCCAUUGAGCACACUCUGCAAUGGGCACGGGAUCUAUUUGAAGGCCUGUUCAGGCAGAACCCUGAAAAUGCCCAUCUCUACCUGAGUGAUCCGAAGUUUACUGAGCGUACUCUCAAACUACCUGGAAUCCAGCCUGUUGAGGUAUUGGAGAGUGUGAAGGCAGUACUGGUAGAUGAGAGGCCCAAGGAUUUUGCUGAUUGUGUCCACUGGGGCAGAGUCCAGUUUGAGGAGUUGUUUGUGAAUCAGAUCAAACAGCUCCUGCAUAACUUUCCUCCUGAGCAGAAGACAUCAUCAGGACAGCCAUUCUGGUCCGGUCCCAAGCGUUGUCCCCACCCACUCAGUUUCAGUUUAGAAGAAGAACUCCACAUGGACUUUGUAACAGCUGCUGCCAACCUGAGAGCAACUGUUUAUGGGUUGAAGGGGAUUUUGGACCGAAAAUUGAUCAUGAAAUAUCUUCAGGCCAUGCAUAUCCCUGUUUUCACACCAAGGGAAAAUGUGAGAAUAGCCACCACAGAUGCAGAAGCUCAAGUGACUUCCAACAUGUCACUUGAUUCAGAGAAGUUGGACAAACUACUGGCAGAGCUGCCUAAAGCAGACCAAGUAGGUGGCACUCGAAUCACUCCAAUCGAGUUUGAAAAGGAUGACGAUACCAACUUUCACAUGGACUUCAUUGUAGCUGCUUCCAACCUCAGGGCCGACAACUACCGAAUCAAACGAGAGGAUCGACAUCGAAGUAAGUUGAUAGCAGGGAAGAUCAUCCCAGCUAUUGCAACCACAACAUCCCUUGUGGCUGGACUGGUGAGCCUGGAGCUCUACAAGAUCAUCCAGAAUCACAAGGAUCUGGAGAGCUAUAAAAACGCUUUUGUCAAUUUGGCCCUUCCCCUCUUUGCUUUCACUGACCCCAUUGCUCCCCGCAAAAACAAGUAUUAUGAGGUCGAGUGGACACUUUGGGAUCGUUUUGAGGUUCAAGGGGAGAUGACUCUCAAGCAGUUUAUUGAUUAUUUCAUGAAAGAGGAGGGCCUGGAGAUCACUAUGCUCUCACAUGGUGUCUGCAUGCUCUAUUCCUUCUUCAUGACCCCAGCCAAGAAGGAGGAACGGAUGAAUAUGUUGAUGUCGGAGAUUGUGCGCAAGGUGUCCAAGAGGAAGAUAGAGCCACAUGUGCGAGCCCUUGUGUUUGAACUGUGUUGCAAUGACAAGGAUGGGGAGGAUGUGGAAGUUCCAUAUGUAAAGUAUAACCUCCCAGCGAAUUUUGGCCAAGCUAAUCAAGACAAUUGAACCGGUCACCCCCUUCUAGGCGGCAAAUAUUUUUAAAGUCUUCAUCUGAUGCUCCUUCUCCUCAUCUGUAUUACUGCGGCAGGCAUUCCUUUUGCCUUACGCGAAGAAAAAGAUGUAUUGAACUCCCAAUGUUGUGAUGAUUGGAAAAGGAAGGAAGGGAGCAGUCUGCCAUGCAGACUCCUUUCAUUUCAACAUAUGUUGGAGUCGGAGGAAGUGAGGAAUCGAGAUUUUCUAGGUGCCUAUUCUCUUUUACUCCCUCCCUCCCUCCCUCCCUCCCUUGUUGUUAGAAGAAGAAUGAUCGUGAGAUGCCCGAGAUGGUGAUUUCCCUUUGUCUGUCUUUUGCCAUGCCUGAAGAGCAUAAAGAAGAAAAGAAAGAGCCAAUCCCACAAAGUUCAUUUCUUGGGUGGGAUCAUAGUAUUGCUGGUGAGCUGUGCAAGUCCUGUAUGCUGUGAUGUCAUUGGAAGGGCUUCUGUCUCCUGAUUGCUUUGUGAGGCUUUUUGACAAGAG